GGGAAGAUUAUUUGGCGUUGAUCUUUACGUACACUUCUGGGUCACCUGGUUUCAAGCUGUAGGCUCCACGGUUGGGACGAGAAGGGGAAGGGUCGAAGCCAGAGUAAGCGCAGCGGAAUGAAGGCAUCCCCAAGAGGAUGAAGAAGACAGAAGAACAAAUUCUCUGGCUGUCGCUCAUUCAAAGAUGAUUUCUGGAGAUGGCGGCCGUUUCCUCUGCAAUCGCUCAUCUUCAUCUCAAAUUUAGCUCACUCUCCGCGCUGUCAUCGAGCUCUUCCGUCAAGGCAUGGGGACUUCGCGUCGAGUGCUCGUCUUCAUCUGGUUGGGGAUUUAGCGGGAAUACAGCGGACUACGGACUGAGGUUUUCGUUGGAUAAUGGUUAUCUGUUACGGCAUUCCAGGCGGAGAGUCCCGGUUAGGGCGUCGCUUGAGUCCUCGAGUUCGGACGACGGGAUCUCUAGUGACCGGCCCGGAAAAUUGGCGGUGGAUUAUUUUCGCGUCGGCAGAUUGCGCGAAACGAUUGGCACGUUGCCGUCGAUUGUCGGGAAGAUGAAAAGCCAGAUAUCUGUGAGUGUCUCAUUAGGUCUUGGCAUCCUUAUUGCGUUUGUGGUGAUUGCAAUAAGAGAGGUUUUUGUUAGACAAUAUAGAUACAACAGUCCUGGAUCUGUUGCAGAUCUUGUAAGACGGGGUCACAUCAAGUCUGAUCGACGGGGCAUUGCGAGGCCUCUCAAAUAUGAUGACCCAUUUGACAACCCAUUGGUCAAAAUUAGCAAGAGUACCUCUACAGUCAAAAUGUGUGGAAAAGUUUAUCGUUUGGCUCCAGUGACUCUUACGGAAGAGCAACAAGCAAUCCAUCAGAAAAGGAGGUUACGUGCUUACCAGUGGAAGCGACCGACUGUUUUCCUUAAAGAAGGAGAAACCAUACCUCCAGAUGUUGACCCUGAUACAGUUCGAUGGAUUCCUGCAAACCAUCCUUUUGCUACCACUGUUAGUGACAUUGAUGAGAGCUUGGCCCAAAAUAAUGUGUACCAAAAGCAUGGUGUUCCUUUCAGAAUCAGGGCGGAACAUGAAGCGUUGCAGAAAAAACUAGAAAUCUUGAAUAAUGAGGGAAAGCUCAACCAAGUCACUGUUGAUCCUAGCAGCAUCAGGAAUCUGGAAAGACCAUUUGAAUCUGUCUCUGCUCAAGAGGCAUCUGAUUCAACUUUUCCUGGCAGUUAUGUUCAAGGGCAGCCUCUAGAUUCUGAAACACCAACUGAAAAAUGAGGGUAUUUUGUGUUGAAGAAUGCAGUGGAUCUCUUUCAGAAAAGGUUCUUCUGUAGAGUUUCACAAGGGCUUCACACUUUUUAAAGUGUUAACAGAGUCUUGACUCUCUCGCACCCUUUGAUGCUGUUCAGGUAGAGAACAUUCAAAAGAAAGAUGCAAGGGGAGAGAUCAAAUCUUGGGGGUCUGAAAUGCGUCAUUGUUAUGAAUUGAUGGCUCUCUCUCAUGAUAUGUCAUAAGAUGCCUUCAGUCAUCCAAAGAUCCCAUUGAGUAGGACGGUAAAGUGGUUCAUGAAUGGUAAUGUUGAUGCCCUGCUUGUCUCUUGUCACGUCAAACCGUUUGAUCGUCCAUAUUCUGGAAAAUUUAUUUCCUGGGCAAGCCAUGUAUCCGUCAGUUAUGAGAACCACUUUUCUUUAUGAGUCAUGAACAUGUUUCAUGUAAACAGCAUCCAUGAAUUUUGAAUCACCUUCUUUAAUCUCACUCA